AUGUUCAACCACGAGAAGGGCCCCGGUGGGAAAUGGCGGACGCAAGGCCAAGAUUUGAUGGUUUUUACCGCGGAUGGAUUGGAGGCUAGAGCGAAGGUUGCCGCCUUUGAUAUGGACGGAACGAUCAUCACCCCGAAAUCCGGAAAGGUUUUCCCAAAAGACGCCGGUGAUUGGCGUUUAUUGUUUGACGAAGUGGCACCAAAGCUGAAAUCACUACACGAAGGCGGCGAGUAUAAGAUUGUCUUCUUCAGCAACCAGAGUGGCAUAUCGAAAGGUCAUAUUACUCCUGAGGCCUUCAAGGGGAAAAUUGAAGCUAUCGCGCGGAAACUGGGUGUGCCAAUUCAGGUUUUCCUUGCUCAGUCGAAAAGUCGGUUCCGGAAGCCAUGCACUGGAAUGUGGGAAUAUUUUCUGGAGCACUGCAACGACGGCUUGGAGGUGGAUAUGAAGGAAUCAUAUUUUGUGGGGGACGCAGCUGGCAGACACAAAACCAAGAGCCGCCCGAAGAAAGAUCAUGCGAUGGCGGAUCGCCUGUUCGCCCGCAACGUGGGCUUGAAAUUCUACACGCCGGAGCAGUACUUCUUGGGUGAGAAGGAGGAAGAGCCGUGGGGUCCAAUUUCCUUUGAAGCGGCUGAAUACACGGCAAAGGCUCUACCGUUACUCGAACCCAAAGACUCUUCCUUGGCGAGCCAAGAAAAAGAAGUGAUCGUUCUUGUCGGCUUUCCGGGAUCCGGAAAAAGCACACUGGCGCGGAAGUUGGCUGAAGACCACGGCUACAAAGUAGUCAACCGUGAUACUCUGGGAACAUGGCAGAAAUGUGUGCAGGAGGGCAAGGCUGCCUUGAUGGCUGGCCAGAGCGUGGUCGUUGACAACACCAACCCAGACGUCGAAUCUCGGGAGCGUUACCUGGCUUUGGCAAAGGGGGCCUCCGUACCCUGCCGCUGCAUUUCACACAACAUCCGCUAUCGACUCCUCAGAAAUGGUGGGCCUGAUAUCUCGACGAUGGUACUGCGCAUGCACAACAGCAAGCUAAAGGAGCCAACCCUCGAUGAAGGCUUCACAUCGAUCAUUCGCGCCAACUUUGUUCCGGAAUUUGACAACGAAGACGAUCGCCGCCUGUGGACGAUGUGUCUUAAUGAAUCA